AUGGUCACCCGGAAGGUCUGGGUCAAACGACCCUUUGCCUCGCCCACCUUGAUUACGAUCAACGAGGACGACCUGGUCGACGACGUCCGCGAAUUGAUACUACGGAAAUACGCGAACUCCCUCGGGCGCCACUACGACGCCCCGGACCUGACGCUGCGCAUAUAUGACAGGGAACAGCAGACCACCAGGAUCUUGACGCCCGACGAACCCAUGGGGAGGACCCUCGACGCCUAUUACUCCGGCGGCCAAUCCGUGGACGACGCCCUGUUGAUUGACAUACCCGCCCGCAGAACCCCCAAGGCCUCCCCCAAUCCUAGGUACUACAGCGAGGACCGGCCUCAGGAAUCCGCAACCGACUACUUCCCGCCCUAUCCGCCCACCUCGCAGCACCCCAGCGCCGCGUCCGCGACGGCUCCCAAUGUCACCCAUCAGCUCCACCUCCCUCCGUCGAUGACGGUCUUAAGCGGCAACCAACUGCCACCUCUGCCCUCUCCCGGCAGCUCGCGACGCCUUGUCGCCUCGAGGCCCAAGAUCCAGCGAAUGCACACCGCAUCCCCCGUUUCCACCGUCCCCAACGGCCACACUUCCCAAUCUGGAGGAGCACCGCCCACUGGUAUGCACAACCACCCAUCCGCGAGACAGCCGCGUUCAAGGACUCAUUCAGGUGCAUCUUCAGAUCAAUCCAACCACCCACCCUCUACCGCUACUCAGCCGGUUGCGACGCCUCCCGUACCAGAACGCACCUCCACCCCGCCGCCCCCGCGCGUCUCCUCGCCGCGCCCGGCGAACCGUCCUAAGAAGAAGAAGCCCGUCGAGCACCCGUCGCUGCCCCCCGGCAUGUUGAACGGCGGCGUCCCGCCCAUCAACGUGCUCAUCGUCGAGGACAACAUCAUCAAUCUGAAGCUCCUCGAAGCCUUCGUCAAGCGCUUGAAAGUGCGGUGGCAGACGGCCAUGAACGGUAGGGAGGCCGUGAAUAAGUGGCGCGCCGGCGGGUUCCACCUCGUCCUCAUGGACAUACAACUACCUGUCAUGAGCGGCCUCGAGGCUACGCGCGAGAUUCGGCGGAUAGAGAAGGUCAAUUCCAUCGGCGUAUUCUCCUCCUCUGCUAGCAGCCCCCCGGACGAGAUCGAGGCGGAACCCGCCGAGGAGGAUAAGCUGGUCAACACCGAGAUGUUCAAGAGUCCUGUUAUUAUCGUCGCCCUCACAGCGAGCUCGCUGCAGAGCGAUAGGCACGAAGCGUUGGCGGCUGGGUGUAACGAUUUCUUAACCAAGCCCGUCAACUUCGUCUGGCUCGAGCGCAAGGUGAUGGAAUGGGGCUGCAUGCAGGCGCUAAUCGACUUCGACGGUUGGAGGAAGUGGAAGGACUACUCACAGAAGGCGGAAGAGGAUGACGCCAAGAAGGCUGCCGCUUCCAAGGGCAGCAAGUUUCCUAAGAAGAACCGCCUGUCGAUGACCACGGCCGCCGCUUGA